GAAAGACUACCUUUAAAAAAUAUUGACGAUGGGAUUGAAGGAACAUUAACCUCAACUAUUGUUGAUAAUCAAGUCGGGGGAAAGACGAACGAACGUUGCAGUCAAAGCUCAACCUAUUUGUCAUUAGAUAUUGUAGGAGAUUUUGUUAAUUCUACAAAAGUUCCUACCUUCAAAUAUUAG